AUGGUCGACGCGUUCCUGAGAGGAUUUGCCCAAGGCUCGCGAUACGGUCCGCAGCUCGAACAACUAAAUCAUACCUGCGAGUUGGAUGUCGGUGCCCUCUUUCCCAAGGGCGUGUGUAACGAGGGCGUGUGCAUUACCAAGACGAUUGACGCUCGCGUCGUCAGAGGGAAGCUUUUACUUCACAAUGUUCAUAAGCUAUCCGUAUCACUCCUAACUCAACCAUCGAGCCCCCUAACUUCACGAGUCGACAUAAGUCAAAUUGUCUCUAAUAGACUUUUACCAGCAAUCUAUAAAUUCACCGCCAGAAUCGGCUGUGUUCAUACUCCAGACACACUCCCUGCGGUCAUGUUAUAUGCGUUCCGAUUCCGGGUAGGCUGUUCUGGCGACCGGGCGAGAGGUCUGGAUCUGUUGAGCUGUGGUCACUGUGCCACCGACCUGCGAGUCCGGGUGGAACUGGACUGCGGCGGUACGGGCGUCCAAAUUGAAGUCGAGAUAUGGCGGUCUUUUGGAGGUCGAGACUCUGACAACAGGGACCGGGCAGAGGAUGGACACUUCUUUAUCGAUCCUAUGUCGGAUGCGCCCUUCGAUAUCAAUCAUCCUCCUGUUCGCGACCUGGAAAAAAUGUUCAAUGGAGUUGAAGAAGACUGCUCAGGGUUAUGGUCUCCAAAUCGUCCUCGAAGUCGCCAGAGCUGGAUCCAGUUGUGGAUGUGGUUCUAUGACCCAUUCAAGGCUCAAUUGCGCAGCUACGGUCUCCCCUGCAAUGAUGACAGGAUGCCAGCUCGAAUUCAACAGCAGACGCUGCCCUUGCAAUGGUGA